AUGGGCCUACCUACGCUGCCCAAAAUCUACAAUGUUCACUUUGUGGCAAUAAUUGCCACCCUUGGCGGUGCGCUCUUUGGCUUUGACAUCUCAUCCAUGUCAGCCAUCGUCGUCACUGACCAAUACCUCGACUACUUUCACUCACCCGCCGGCGCGCUCCAAGGUGCCAUCGGAUCCGCCCUGGCAGCUGGCUCUGUAGUUGGGUCUGCCGUAGCCGGCCCCAUCUCCGAUAAGAUCGGUCGUCGCGAUUCCAUCAUGUUUGCCUGUAUCUUCUGGUUUAUUGGAACCGCGGUGCAGGUUGGCUGCCACAAUUCAGGCACCUUGAUUGUUGGCCGUGUCUUCAACGGCUUCACCGUUGGCAUCACAUCGUCCCAAGUUCCCGUCUACCUGGCCGAGAUUGCCAAGGCAGAAAAGCGUGGCUCCAUUGUCAUUAUCCAACAAUUGGCGGUCGAAUUCGGCAUCUUGAUCAUGUACUUCAUUGGGUACGGCUGCUCCUUUAUUCCCGGCCCUGCUUCGUUUCGUACUGCUUGGGGCACGCAGUUCAUCCCCGCUUUCUUCUUGGUAGUUGGCCUCCCCUUCCUACCACGUUCUCCGCGUUGGCUUGCCAAAGUCGGCCGAGAGAAGGAAGCGAUUGCUACACUGGCAAACAUUCAAGCAGGGGGCAAUGUUGACGAUCCCCUGGUUAUCGCCGAGUGGGAGGAAAUCAUGGUGACUAUGCGUGCUGAGAAGGAGGCUGGCCGUGGCUGGAGAAAAUUCUUUAAGAACGGCAUGUGGAAGCGUACCAUGGCCGGCAUGUCGGUGCAGGCCUGGCAGCAACUGGCCGGUGCCAACGUUAUCGUCUACUACCUGACUUACAUCGCGCUCAUGGCUGGUCUAACCGGUAACGUCGCCAUGGUCACUUCAGGCAUCCAGUACGCCGUUUUCAUCAUCUUUACGGGAGUCAUGUGGCUUUUCAUCGACAAACUUGGUCGCCGCACCCUUCUCAUUUGGGGCGCACUUGGCAUGGGAUUCUGCCACAUUGUUAUCGGUGGCGUCAUGGGUGGGAACCACGACGAUGUUCCCGGAGGUGUGGGCAAUCCGCCCAACCCCAAUAUCGUCAUCUCGGUCCACGGUGGCGCCCCCGCCAACACUGUCAUCACCUUCUCGUACCUGCUCAUCGUCGUCUACGCCUUGACUCUGGCACCAGUAUGCUGGAUCUACGCUGCUGAGGUGUGGUCCCUCGGUACACGUGCCACGGGUAUGUCCAUGGCGGCUAUGUCUAACUGGGUCUUCAACUUUGCCCUGGGCAUGUUUACGCCACCUGCCUUCAUUAAUAUCAGCUGGAAGUUAUUCAUCGUCUUCGGUGUGCUCUGCAUUUUCGCCGCUGUGUGGUUCUGGGUCUUUUAUCCGGAAACUUGUGGGAAAACCCUUGAAGAGGUUGAAAUCAUGUUCUCCAAAGAUGGUCCUAAGCCGUGGAAAACCAAGAAGGGCGAAUCUAGGCUGGAGCAGGAAAUCCAGGCCGUGGUCGAGAGGAAGACAGAUAAAGACCACGUUCCCGUUAUCGAGCCAGCUGAGUAG